AUUGACUUGCUCCAACAUACCCUCCUCUAUGUGGUGAUCAUCUUCUACCACUCGCAAUAUCACGCUCCCAGCUAUCACGUGAAGUUCUCCAAGCAUAAACUCGGUCUCUCCCUUCACAUCGGCACAGGGCUCUUUGAGGUCUUCGAGUACCGCCUCCGUCGCGUCCAGCUAGGCCAUGAUAGGAUCCUCCCCAGCUCACUGGACGUGGUUUCCUGCCUAGUCUGGUCAGCCACCAGUCUUCAGCUGGUGAAGACACUCCGGCGCGGCGAUCCCCAGACUACACGACCUCCCUACCAAGCAGGAGCCAUCCUGCGCCCCGUCGUAUGUAUGCUCGCCUACCUGCUCCAGAGCCCAAACCUCCAUCGACUUUCGGUCUAUGCGCUGGACAGCUUCGUCUAUGCACGCGUCUUCAUCUUCUUCUUCCAUUAUACCCCGUAUAUGCGGGAUACGCCUGGCAACACCAUCUACGCGCUAGCCAUCCCCUUGGCGGCGGCAUUCAGCAUUCAUGAGAGCCGCGUGCCCGGGGCGUCGGUGGGGUUCGUGCUGGCCAUGGCGUACAUCGCGAAGCUGAACGAAUGGGUGUCCCAGCGGUCUCGCCAAUUGAGGGAGCCUGAUGAGCAGGCAAAGACGUCCACAGUGGAGAAACACCUGGUGACGGGGUUGCGGAGGCUGGGGUUCGCGGAGCUACAGGAGCUGCGAAAGGUCACCAACCACCAGGCCUUGAAGAAGCCGCUGACGGAUGACUAUGUC